AGAAAGAUAUGGAUAUUUUCAAUCAUGUGGUGCUGGCACCCAUGACAUGGCCUGUUCAGCAGCUCUUCCUGCAAUCGCCCCCACUGUUGCUGCCAUUUGAGACGAACCUACCACUUUUGCCUACGUCCAGGCACAAAAGCUCACCCUCCAUACACGGCUAUAUAAACAAACUCUUCAACCUAUUACAACCCAUCCUCCUCCGUUCCACUACAACCCAUCCUCCUCCGUUCCACUACAACCCAUCCUCCUCCGUUCCACUACAACCUAACCCCACCAACAAACAUCACUCACCCAACAAGCAUCACUCAUCGAGCUCACCAAGCUCACCAAGUAACCUAGACACACACCGCCAUGGCUGGCAAUUCCGUCGUCAUGGCCUACGAUCCAAACUUGGUUCGUGUCAUCAACGCCCUAACCGACGCAGUCCGCAACUUCAACACCGGCCUGACCAGCCUAACCGGCCUGACCGACAUGGUCCGCAGCCUCAACGAUACCAUCACCGGCCUGACUGACGUGGUCCGCAGCCUCAACACCACCGUGCACGAAUUCAAGAACCAUGGACCAGGAGUUGGCAACCAACAGAACCACGACACAAAGUUGAAUGAACUCGAGCGCCCAGACGAAGGGAACAUGCUAUUCAAUACCAUCGUCAUCGGUUGGUUUACAUUCCUUUUACUGUUCUUUAUUGCUCUAUUCUGGACAAAGUGCGCGCCGAUAUGGCGCGAGACUGAACGUAUGUGGCGCGAGGAACGUAGGGCAAUGCUAGAAGCUGAGCGUCAGGAGUUUGUCAAGGAGCAUAAGGAAAUGCUAGAAGCUGACCAUCAGGAGUUGGUCAAGAAGCAUGAGGCAACUCUUGAAGCUGAGCGACUUGCGCGUGUGGCGUGUGAGGAGCGUCAGAACUGGAAGGCAGAACUGGAAGAUGGUCUCAGGGUGCAUUUGGCCGAGCGCGCUGAGGAACUGAAGAUCGAGAUCGCAGAAUCUGAGAUCCGGGAUGCUGAGAGGGCUGAGAAGGCCAAGGAGACGAAGGUAGAUGAUCAUGCUUGAGUUGGGGACUGACAACAACGACACAAGGACCAAGAUGAUGGUUGAGAGUGAGCAGGUUGCCAUCGCGCAUCAGGACGGGCAUGCAUACACGGGUUUCAUUCUACCAUGCAUCUCUCAUCCUGUUUUCUGCUUCUUCAACACGUAGUCAUCGCCGUAGACUACUUUACAUGUAUACCAUACAUAUUAGGCAGGAAGGCAUUACUCCUUAAAAGCUUCUUCAAGAGGC